AUGGUGCGCCAGUCUCAGGCCCGUCCCUCUCGGGGCAGGGCAUCUCGGGCUCGUCAGCCACAGCGUGAGGCAUUGCGAAAAGAACCAGUUCCAGAUGUCUUCCAGGAGAUGCUGGAAGAGGCCGAAGCAAGAGACCCAGAGCAGUUCCAUUCCGAUAGGCCGAUCAAGAGACGAAGAGUUGGCGACUCAAGGGCUAUUGCUGUUCAUUCACCAGCACCGGCACAGGCCGACACAGUCACGAAUGUAGGCAAGGAUGAAGAAGAGCAGGCACAAAAUGUGCAAACAGUUUACGAUCUCUCGGAAACAGAGGAAUCUGAUAUCGAAUGGGAAGACGUGGAGAUUCAGCAUCAGCAGCAAGUACCUGAAGCAUCUAGUGCAGCAGCAAUUUCACAAGAAAGAAACGAGACACUCCAAAUCACUCUGGAGCAAGAGCCAGAGAAGCCGAAAAAGGCUGUGCAAAGGAGAAAACCAGUUACCGCAGCCGAGAAGAAGAUCCGGAUGGAUAUUCAUAAAGUCCAUCUUCUCUGUCUUUUGGCUCAUGUCAACUUACGAAAUCGGUGGUGCAAUGACGGGUCGCUGCAGAGUUACCUGAAACGAAUGUUGCCCAAGAGGGUUAUUGCACUUUUGAACCCAGACGAGGACAAGCCACAGUACCUUCGGUCUACUACCUUCAUUGAUGGUCUAAAUGAAGCUGGUGAAAUCUUUACCCGUCGAUUUCGUGUCAACAAGUUAGGUUUGAGGCGUCCCCACUGGGCCGAAGACCAAAAUAAACUCAAGCAGAGACUGGAGGCGCUUAUGUUGAAUGUCGAGGUCUUCCUAUCCAAAGAGGACUUCCGAUCCCAGGCAAAGACUAUGCAGGGCUCUCGUGAUUUCGGCGCACAAUUGUUCUGUGCCUUGCUGCGAUCAGUCGCAGUGGAGGCAAGACUCGUCUGCUCACUUCAACCUUUGCCAUUCUCCGGCACAGUCAAGGAUAUGACUCCUUCGAAAAAAGGUCCUCAGUAUAUUGUUGUCUCAUCCGAUGACCAUGAAACGUCAACGGAUGAACGCCAGAAGUCAGGCGGAGAGUCACCAACAGCUUCGAGAGCGAGGCGGCUUGGUCGACCUGAAUUCACCUCACGGCCUGGCCAAGCUUCCGCUCGUCUGGGCUCUAUUCCUAACCCCCGAGAAUCUUCGUACCCAGUGUUCUGGGUAGAGGCAUUCAACGAAGCUGUGCAAAGAUGGUUUCCAAUUGACCCAAUGGUGACCAAGUCUCUGGCAAAGCCCUCCAAAUUUGAACCGCCUGCAAGUGAUCCGUACAACAGCAUGAGCUAUGUAGUUGCCUUCGAAGAUGACGCUUCCGCACGAGACGUGACUCGGCGUUAUGCAAAGGCGUUCAAUGCAAAGACACGCAAGCUUAGAAUUGAAUCGACGCGAAACGGUGAAAAAUGGUGGGAUGCUGCACUAGAAGCAUACGAGAAGCCUUUCCUUGAGGAUCGAGACGAGCUUGAAAUCAGCGAAUUGACUUCCAAGUCUGCAGCCGAGCCGAUGCCACGCAAUAUCCAGGACUUCAAAGACCAUCCAAUCUAUGCACUUGAGAAGCAUUUGCAUCGGAACGAGGUGAUCUUUCCCAAACGAGUUAUCGGACAUGUUGGUUUGAGCAAAACAACUUCAAAGAGCGAUAAUUUGGAUCCCGUUUACCGUCGAUCUGACGUGCACGUCGUGCGCAGUGCUGAUAAGUGGUACCGACUGGGACGGGAUGUCAAAGUUGGCGAACAUCCCCUCAAGCAUGUUCGUGCGACACGACCCAAGAGCGGAUUCGACAGCGACGAAGAAGAUAACGAACCGGAGCAAACUGCUCUAUAUGCCGAGUACCAAACGGAGAUUUACCAACCACCUCCAGUAGUCCAAGGACGAAUUCCUAAAAACUCCUAUGGCAACUUGGAUAUCUAUGUCCCAAGCAUGGUACCCCCAGGGGGCAUACACGUUCGAAGACCAGAGGCGGCUCGAGCUGCUCGAAUCUUGGGGAUUGAUUACGCAGACGCUGUGACUGGUUUCGAUUUCAAAGGACGUCGUGGAACCGCUGUCAUCGAGGGUAUCGUCGUCGCCUGUGAAUACAGUGAAGCUCUGGAAGAAGUAACAAGGGGAAUGGCAGAUGAAAGGCAUCGAGCUGCACUUGAAGCGCGAAGUGCGGAGGCACUCCGCUUCUGGCGACUUUUCCUUGUUAAGCUUCGGAUCGCUGAACGAGUGAAAGAAUAUGCCGGCUCGGAUGAGGAAAACGAUGAUGCAGCCGCGUCGGAUAUAAGUGUCAAGAACCUGGAAGAAUCGGGAGGGGGCUUCUUUCCAGAGCCAGAUCAGUCCACAGACAGUGCAUCCAAAGAACCUGACACGGAAGAUUAUUAUCUCGGAGGAGGGUUUAUACCAGAUGACCCCGUCUUAGAUAGAGCUGACGCAGUCGAUGCCGGGAAUGAAGAUGGCACUGUCGGGGGAGGAUUUCUGCCCGACAAAUUUGUCGACGGAGGUCCAGCCGUCAACCCGUCGACAGCAAACGGUGGUCAAGAAGACGGUUUGUCCGGGGGAGGGUUCAUGCUUGAUGGCUCGGCGGAUGCCGAACCCGUCCCCAAACCUCAAGCCGCUCUCCAGCCUGUGAUCCCACCAAGGUUCAAGAAAGGAAGAGCUUCAAACAUCCCUCGCUACGAGUUGAUCGUAGUUCCGAAGAACUCCGCUACGGACUCUGGACAACAGUCAACAAAAUGUGCAACCUCUAAAGGGCUAGAGGGGUCGUCCGAACAAGCUCCGAUUACGGUUGAUUCAUCAACGAAUGGUGGCUCCAAGUCCACUAGUGUGGUGGAAUCUAUCUCCAGACCACUUUCUCCUCAAGAAGAGCUUCGCCAAUCUCAGCUGUUACAUGACUCAGAUAGUGAGAUCGAGAAAGGGUCCUUGCUGUCUGAAGACCCGGAUGACGAAGAUGCAGUCCCCGAUUGGCUCAUUUGA